GUCAGGCAGCCCAGCGCCGGGACGCCCGCGGGGAGCCGGGGGGUGCGGGGGAGGCAGGAGGCCCCGGGGGAUGCCGCUGUGCUGAGCUGCGACCGCGCCGCCGGAGGCCGAGGGACGGGGCGGCCCCGCCGGUAUUACCUAGAGGUGAGGAUGGAAACACAGCCUAGGAAAUCAGCCUUCCCUCAUCUGUGUAUGGAGAGCUGAAGCUUCUGUACUCUGUUGUUUUCUUUUUUGAAUAGUGUAGCUUUGGUAAGGCAGCUUAACUUCCAGUGGAAGGCCAUUCCUGUGGCUGUAUCUACACUCUGGGACAGUGCAGGAGAAGCUGUCAACAUGAAUGCUGCUGACAACGGGGUCAGCAGUGUCUGUGCAAUAUGUGGAGACCGAGCGACUGGAAAACACUAUGGUGCUUCCAGCUGUGAUGGAUGCAAGGGAUUCUUUAGACGCAGUAUACGGAAAAACCAUGUCUAUACAUGCAGAUUCAACCGGCAAUGUAUUGUUGACAAGGACAAGAGGAAUCAAUGCAGAUAUUGUCGCUUAAAAAAGUGUUUUCGAGCAGGAAUGAAAAAAGAAGCUGUACAAAAUGAACGGGACAGGAUAAGUACAAGAAGAACCACUUACGAUGGCUGCAAUAUUCCGUCUAUUAGCACAUUGUCACAAGCUGAGACACUCUCCCGUCAGAUCUCAAUCUCCAGUCCCAGUGCUAGCACUGACAUAAAUGUUAAGAAAAUUGCUGGCAUUAGUGAUGUCUGUGAAUCUAUGAAGCAACAACUUUUGGUCCUGGUGGAAUGGGCUAAAUAUAUUCCAGGAUUCUGUGAAUUACCACUGGAUGACCAGGUUGCCCUGCUAAGAGCACACGCUGGGGAACACUUGUUGCUUGGAGCAGCGAAACGGUCCAUGGCGUAUAAGGAUGUUUUACUUUUAGGCAACAAUUACAUAAUCCAUCGCAACAGUACUGAAGUAGAGAUCAGCCGAGUGGCAAAUCGGAUUCUAGAUGAAUUAGUUCGACCCUUCCAGGAAAUUCAAAUAGACGACAAUGAGUACGCUUGCUUGAAAGCGAUUGUGUUUUUUGAUCCAGAUGCAAAAGGCCUGAGUAAUCCAAUGAAGAUUAAGAACAUGCGGUUCCAAGUCCAAAUCAGUUUAGAGGAUUAUAUUAAUGACCGUCAGUAUGACUCUCGAGGAAGAUUUGGAGAACUUCUGCUUCUACUGCCUACACUCCAGAGCAUCACUUGGCAAAUGAUUGAGCAAAUACAAUUGGUUAAACUAUUUGGAAUUGUUAAAAUUGACAGUUUGCUUCAGGAAAUGUUACUGGGAGGUACUUCCAAUGAUGCCAGUCAUCUGCAUCAUCCCGUACAUCCUCACUUAGCCCAAGAUCCAUUAACUGGCCAAACUAUCCUCAUAGGUUCCAUGUCUGCUCCUGUACAUGCAGAACAGAUUUCAACCCCAGAAACUCCAUUGCCUUCCCCUCCUCAAGGCUCUGGGCAAGAAUACAAAAUGUCUACAAAUCAGGCUUCAGUCAUCGCACAGCAAUCUAUUUUGAAACAAAAACCAUUGUGAUAAAGUUUCUGUCUCUGUCUUUCCCUCCCUUCCUCCCUUCCUCCCUUCCUUCCCUUCUUUUUAUGCACUAGAUAAAUUGGUAGGACACUUGCACAUUUAAAAUCUCAGGAUGAUAAAGGAAAUUAUUUCCUCAGCAGCCACGACUGUGGGUGUUUCUUGAAACACCUCAUGAUUUGGAAAGUAACGCUCACUGUUCUGACUGCUGUGUACAACUGUAACUGUGGACACUGCAGCCUGACAAAUAUGUAUAGGGGUUGAUAUUAUUUUUAGAUCUUUUAACUGCACAGAUUCAUUUUUUAUUUCCUGUUUUAGUUGUUGUCUUAAUAUUAUUGGUUUAGACGUGUAUAUAAUUUUUUCAUUGUGACGGUACUGGUUAGUGCUUGUUUAGCUGUGAAUUCUAGACAUGAAAAUGCGGGUUAAUCAGACAAAAGCCAAGAUUCCAUUAGUAGUAAAACAGUAGGCUACCAAGCAAAGCACAAGCAUUAAAUAAAAAGGAGAGAAUACUAAAUGGACAGAAAUACCCAAUGCAUUUAAAAAAAAAAAUAAUCUUGAUUUGAAAGAACCAUCUCUUUCAAGUAAAAUUUCAACAAAAGAGUUGAAUCCUCCCUACUUACCUCAUUGUAUGAAUCAGAGGGCCUGCCAUGGGCAAAUAUAUUUGAAGACUUUUUAAAAUCUGUCUACACAGUAAUGUCUAUAUCAGUCAAUUGGACAGUGCCAAGGCAUGGAUGCUAGCAUUUAUGUUGCUAAAUAGUUAGAACAAGGACUGGUAUGCUUUUUGGUCAGGACUAACUAGUACUCCUCCUGAACAAUUUCUGGGCACGCUUAGGGAAUUAGUCCAGUCUAGGGACACUUUUCAGCAGGUGCUUUGGAUAUAGCCUCCUCUCUUUAGGGCCAGAGAGAGUAUAACUAAGAGUAUGGCCAGACCAUGCCACUUGACCUCAGGGCUGAAGUAUAGACUUUGUACUGUUUGAUUUACUAGUUGCCUAACUGGCUGGUGAAUGCAUGUUUCAGCAAUCGCUCUGAACUUCACCUACAGAGAAGUUGUACUUGUUUAGUAGCUCUGUGUCUGGAGAGAUAUGGCUUGAUGACUGAAGCGGCAAACAUACCUGACUUCAGCUCCAGAUGUUCCUGGUCUGAGCCAUGAUAUUCCAAGCCAGAAGACAGCCAGCACAGCAAAUACUCAUUCUCUGGAUUUUAAAGGGGUUUCAGAAGCUUGGGAUGAAUUGGUUUAUUGUGAUGAGCCCCCUUCUCCUCUUCCUCCCGUUCCAUUCUGGGGGAAUCCAACAUUGACUAAGUUUUGUGUCUGGAGUUUAUAAUAACCCAUCUGGAUUUGGACCCUGUGUGGAUUUUCACAAAGGGGACCUUGUGACACAUACUGACUUGGGCAUAUACUCACUCAGUUACAAUUUGUGAAAAUAAUCUAUUAUGAUAUAUGAAGUGAUGUGUUGUUCAUACAACAGUGACGUCAUAAGAAAAUCACCACUUUGCACAUUUUAUUUAUUCCAGACAGCAAUUAUUUUCCUUCGGUACUUUAAAGUAGGCUUCUUUCCCAGAAGUUAUAUAAGAGAGAAACAGAGAAAAAAAGAGAGAGUAAAAUACUGCAGUUUGCUGAACUAUUGCAAAGAGAAAACAUAGUGGAGUGAGAAAUUCUGCGAGGUGAGACAUUGAUCAUCCUGAACCAGACACCUGCAUUAAUCACAGCAUCCAAAUAUGGUGUAGUUAAAUCUCUGGCUUAUAAAAGUUGCCCAAACAAACUGAUAGGAUUCUUCAGAUACAUUCUUUGCAGGCAGGAAAUGCAACACAGUAAAUGCUGAGCUGACCUGAACAUUCAAAGAGCUUCAAUGAGAAUACACUUACCACCAGGUAGAUGCUGUGUUUCUUUAUGUUAUUUUAAAGUAGUUGCUUUUGUAAAGUCUGCUUACAGUAGCUCUUAAUGUUUACCUUUUGCUUUUUAGAGUGUUUUUCUUUUUGCUGGUUACUGUUUAUUUUUUUGUCAAUGCAUUGCUCUUUUUACAAGUCCCUUUUAGUAUAAGGUUUUAUGACAGAAUAAAGUACCGACAUUUUGCCAUUAACUUCAGGGGAAUCCAGUUGGUGCUAUUUUUACAAGUUGGCCACCAACUCUUUGUGGGGAAACACAAAAGUAAUGCAUGCGUAAGAGAUACUGAGCAGCCCAAAAGUUGAUUGAUGUGGGUCACUUUCGUAUACUUGUCACAGAAAGAAUGUCGGACUCAAGUUGGAUCUGCAUGAAUUUACUGGAUAAUAUUGAAUAAGUCAGUUGCAUAAACAUGGCAAUAUUGGUCUGACUAAAAACAUUUAACUGGAAAUAAAAAGUAGUCCCCAAGUUGGCCACCCUUGCCUUAUGUAAGUGAUGUGCAUAAUAGCUUAAUGGGUUUAGUUUUCACACUGUACUUUAGAUAUCAAGUGUACAAUAAAAUGUUUUCACACACUGCCAAAAAUGUACUGGAUGAAAAAUAUACUUUAGUAUUUUAUCUGACAAAAAGUUGUUAUCUAUUUUGUACGAUAUAUUACAUUUUUGAAUAAGAACACCACUGUAAUUUAUUGGGAAAAGCUGAUUUAUUUUAUAAAUGUAACAUUAUUUUUGUAAACUUAAUUAUGAAAAAUCAUAAAUGAUUAGCUUUGUUAAAUAUUAAAUUAUAAUGAGAUGUAACUUUAUAUGUUUGAACUCUGAUACCAGGUUUUUGUGUUGAGCAUAUGGAAUUGAAAUAGUUGCUGGAAAUAUUUCAAAUGGACUGUUUUUCAUCAAAGCUCAAUAAAGAAAAAUGAAUGA